CGCGAUCCUAGAGCGGAGCAGGAAGUGUCCCAGGGGAGGGAGCCCGAGGGUCCGGCCUUUUCUUUCCUCCGCGUCCGGCGGGCUCCGGCGGCGGCCAAGCCUGCGGGGGCCCUCCGACGGGGACGCGCUGCGGCGGAGCCUGCAUUUGUUCCUACUCUUCCCUUCUAAGUGGAGCCGUGGUUUUCUGGAUGAGCAGGAGACGGGGCUUGGUUGGCCAGGGAGGGAGUCGGGCCCGGCAGAGAGCCCGCCUCGGGAAGGACACCGGGAGUCCGACCGGGAAGGAUGAAGAAUGGCUGCGGAGACUAACGCCCCGGCCGGAGCGGUUUGAGUUGGAUGCAGGGAAGGAGUUCCAGGCUGUGAGCUCAUGUUGUGAAGGUCUCAAGGGCAAGGACGGUGACUUUGGCUCAGAAGCCCCAAGAUAGCAGCUUGCCUGGCUCAGCCCUCUCGGGACACUGAAGGGUCGUCUUCUGCUGCUGACCCCCAUCAAAUCCCAUCAUGCCCACAGCCCUGUGCCCCCGUGUGUUGGCUCCGAAGGAAAGUGAGGAGCCCAGGAAAAUGAGGAGCCCACCGGGAGAGAGCCCUGGCCCCCAGGGCGAGCUUCCCAGCCCAGAAUCCUCCCGACGCCUCUUCCGCCGGUUCCGCUACCAGGAGGCAGCAGGCCCCCGGGAGGCCCUGCAACGCCUCUGGGACCUGUGCCGAGGCUGGCUGCGGCCCGAGCGACACAGCAAGGAGCAGAUCCUGGAGCUGCUGGUGCUGGAACAGUUUCUGGCCAUCUUGCCCCGCGAGAUACAGGGCUGGGUGCGUGCCCAGGAGCCCGAGAGUGGAGAGCAGGCUGUGGCGGCUGUGGAGGCACUGGAGCGGGAGCCGGGGAGACCCUGGCAGUGGCUCAAGCACUGCGAGGACCCAGUGGUGAUUGAUGACACCGAUGGUCCUCGGGACCAAGAGCAGGAGCUGCUGCCAACAGAGCCCCAGAGCCAUGUUGCAAAGAGCCAGGAAGCCCCGCCGGUGGCUCUGCCCCAGGGCCCGGGGCUCCAGAGCAGACUGCCAGGCCAACUCAGCGGGGACCCAGGAAAUCCAGGAAUACCCUCAGAAGGAACAGUUCCACAAGACUCAUCCCUCCAGGACCCGACCUUGAGGGAUGCACAGCAGGUGACUGCCCUCCAGCUGCCCCUGAAGCGGGUAUCACCUUUUGAGGACAUGAUCUUCUGCUUCUCAGAAGAGGACUGGUCCCUUCUAGAUCCUGCUCAGACUGGCUUCUAUGGGGAGUUCAUCAUCGGAGAGGACUAUGGGGUCUCGCUGCCUCAAAAUGACCCAGCAGCCCAGCUGGACCUCUCCCAGGGGGAGGAGAAUGAGCCACGUGUUCCAGAGCUGCAGGACCUGCAGGGGAAGGAUGCUACCCAAGUCUCCCACUUGGACUUUCCAAGUCUCCAGCCAAUCCUGGUGGAAGAAAGAGGAAGACGGGAGGAGCUGCAGGUGCCAGAACUCCAGGCCUGCCAGCAGAUAGCUCUUGUGCAGAGCACCUGCCCAGCUGGAGGUGACUCAGCACCCCCCAAGGACAGCCUGGAUGAGGAGGUGACCAUCGAGAUCGUUCUGUCCAGCUCUGGGGACGAGGACUCCCAGCUAGGCCCCUACUGCACAGAUGAGCCGCGGAGCCCCACAGGGAAGCAGCUUGGCACCCCCACCCCGCAGCAGAAUGGUGCCCCGCUUGGGGGCGAGGUGCACACCUCAGGGAAAUCCUACGUGUGCCCCAACUGUGGUAAGGUCUUCCGCUGGAGGGUCAAUUUCAUCCGGCACCUGCGCAGCCGCAGGGAGCAGGAGAAACUGCACGAGUGCUCGGUUUGCGGGGAGCUGUUCAGUGACAGCGAGGACCUAGACGGGCACCUUGAGGCCCACGAGGCCCAGAAACCUUUCAGGUGCGGCGCCUGCGGGAAGAGCUUCCGCCUCAAUUCCCACCUGCUCUGCCACAGGCGUGUCCACCUGUCGCCUUCCGGGCCCCGGCCGGUGAUGGGAAGCGAGCAGGGGGCGGCGGGGCCGGACAUACCACUGGCCGAGGGCAGGGCCCGGCUGAGCGCCCAGUGCUGUGACUGCGGUAAGCUGUUCCAGCGGCCUGAACACCUGGCGAGGCACCGCAGCAGUGUGCACGGCAAGGACCAGGCACGGCCUUUCCGGUGUCGGUACUGCGUCAAAACCUUCCUGCACAACUCCGACCUCCUGCGCCACCAGCGCCUACACAUGAAGCGCCGCUCCAAGCAGGCGCUCAACUCCUACUAACGGAGGCCAGACCCUCCCAGGACCAGGAUGGACCUGCCCCAGGACACACCUCAUCCUCCUGCCCUUUGCUCUCAGGUAGAAAUGAGAUAGUGGCCAACUGAGCAUUUCUUCUGUCUCUGCUGUGACAAAAAGCAGGGAGGAAGGCACGCAACCAGCUUGGACUAGCCCGGUCUCUCUGGGUCCUAGAGAACCUCGUUCAGUGCUUCCCAAGCAGGCGGAGGGACUGCGCUGCUCCAACUGCCAUCACCCCUUGGGGUCUAUCCCUUGCCACAAUUCACUUCAUUGCCAGGCAGCCCUGUUGGAACAUUCACCCCCAUCCUGAGGUUCCAGGGUAACCACUUCCCAUCUGAGAACAAGAAGUUGUGGGCAGGUAAUGGCUAGAGAGAGGCUCUGGGGAGCAGGGCCCGGCCCACCUGGCAGACCAUGUUGCCAGCAGGCCUGAGGAGCACCCCCUGUUAUGCGGCAUUCCUUUCAGGGUUGGGAUCCCCCCACCCCCAUCCCCAGGGCACUGUAAGCUCCUCACAGGGGAACUGUGUCCUACAUUUAUUUGUGAUGGUGGCUGCUUAUUAGGGAUUGUUAGGUCACUGAGGGCAAUACCCCAUUUUAAACUAUGUUGCACCCCCUGCCCAAUGUCAUUUCUGUGUACCCUGAACGUCCUGGUAAAUGGUGUGGGGUGAAAACAGUUGUCAUCAUGUGAGAGGCACUUAAGUUCCCCUGUCUGGGCCAUUGUGUCGGGAAUGGGGAGCUCAGGCCCAGUGAAGAGUCCUGUUGUCUGGGUGAGGGGCUGUGUGGAGCAGCCCCCUGUGAGGUCAAGCUCUGCAUACACAUUAACUUGGCUACUGUUUGUAUUCUUUUGCUAGAGCUGCCUUAAGAAAGUACCAAAAACAGGUGGCUUAGAACAACAGAAAUGUAUUGUCUCAUUUCUGGAUGCUGAAAGUCCAAGGUCAAGGGGGCGGCAUGUUGGUUCCUUGCAAGGGAGAGUUUGUUCUACACCUCUGCCCCAGCUUCUGGGGGUUGCUGAUGGUCGAUAUUCCUUAUAAAGCAUCAACCCAUCUCUGCCUUCAUCUUCA